ACAACUGCAGUCCCCUCUCGUGCCGCCUGCGAAAAGAAGUUCAGUGGCUGCGAAGUUGAAACAGUGAUCGGAGCCACGAGGCUCAGCGAGGUGGUGUCGAGCGGGCAGCGCGACGCGCUCCCCCUGUCCCUGGCGCGGAGUGCGCCCCUCCCGGGUCCCGCCCGAACUCCGGGCGGAGCGCGCUGCCUGCUCGGCCCGGGGAGUUCUCGGUGCGUCCGGCCCGUGGCGAGGCCCGGCUCCCGUGGCCGAGUGGUUGGAGGAGACUGGAGCCUUUUUAGGAAGAAUGGAGUUGGCGACUCGCUACCAGAUCCCUAAAGAAGUGGCUGAUAUCUUUAACGCCCCCAGUGAUGAUGAAGAGUUCGUGGGCUUCCGAGACGAUGUUCCCAUGGAAACCCUCUCGUCAGAGGAGAGCUGCGAUAGUUUUGACUCACUGGAGUCAGGGAAACAGCAGGAUAUGCGCUUUCAUUCCAAAUACUUUACGGAAGAGCUAAGAAGAAUUUUUAUAGAGGACACUGACUCAGAGACUGAGGAUUUUGCAGGAUUUACACAGAGUGAUCUGAAUGGAAAGACUAACCCAGAAGUAAUGCUCGUGGAGUCAGAUUUGAGUGAUGAUGGCAAAGUAUCUUUGGUGAGCGAGGAAGAGGAAGAUGAAGAAGAUAAGGCUACCCCAAGAAGAAGCAGGUCUCGAAGAGGUAGUAUUGGUCUUCGAGUAGCCUUUCAGUUCCCCACUAAGAAGCUGGCCAACAAACCAGAUAAAAACAGUUCUUCUGAGCAGCUGUUUUCCAGCUCACACUUACAGAAUGAGAAAAGAGCAGUUCUUGGAAGAAAGAAAGGCCGUCGACAGGUGAUGCAAAGGGAAGAUUCUACGUCUGAGUCUGAGGACGACUCUCGGGAUGAGAGCCAGGAGAGUUCGGAUGCUCUGCUGAAAAGGACCAUGAACAUCAAGGAGAACAAAGCCAUGCUUGCUCAGUUAUUGGCAGAAUUGAACUCAAUGCCAGAUUUCUUCCCGGUACGAACCCCGACCUCAGCUUCUAGGAAGAAAACAGUGAGGCGGGCCUUCUCAGAGGGACAGAUCACACGGCGCAUGAACCCGACCCGGAGUGCGCGGCCUCCUGAGAAGUUUGCUCUAGAGAACUUCACCGUCUCAGCCGCCAAAUUUGCAGAAGAAUUUUACAGUUUCCGAAGGAGGAAGACAAUUAGUGGGGGGAAAUGCCAGGAGUACAGACGACGUCACCGUGUAUCUUCUUUUCGGCCAGUGGAGGAUAUCACCGAAGAGGACUUAGAAAAUGUUGCCAUAACUGUUCGAGAUAAAAUCUAUGAUAAAGUUCUGGGUAACACGUGCCAUCAGUGUCGACAGAAGACCAUCGACACCAAGACGGUGUGUCGGAACCAGGGUUGCGGUGGUGUGCGGGGACAGUUCUGUGGACCAUGCCUGCGGAACCGCUAUGGGGAGGAUGUCAGGUCGGCCUUGCUGGACCCGGAUUGGGUGUGUCCUCCCUGUCGUGGGAUCUGCAAUUGCAGCUACUGUCGGAAGCGUGACGGCCGCUGUGCCACGGGAAUCCUCAUUCAUCUGGCCAAGUUUUAUGGUUAUAACAAUGUUAAGGAGUAUCUGGAGAGCUUACAGAAGCAGCUGGUAGAAGACAAUUAACAGGAAAAUGGAACUAGCCACCUCUCCAUAGACGACUUCAGUGAGACAUGCAUACCAUUUGUGCCUAAGAUUUUUUUAUAGUUGGGUUUUUAUAUAGAAAUUCUUCAUAAAGAUUACUGUUUCUAAGUACUAUUUUUUUUAAAAAGAUUGUUUAUAUGCUUACAGAGAUUUCUCAGGAAGACAGCAGAGCAGAGGAAUCUAUAUAGUUGUAUGCGCAGACCUGUUUAUAUGCUGUAUUUUGUUAAACGUAUCUGCCAAUGAUUAAAAAGCACAAUUUAAACUUUAAACGGGGUGGAGUUGAAGUUCAGGUAAGUUAGAAAACAUUGUAUGAGCAGCUCCUGUUGAUCUUUCGCUUCCCAAACAGUAACUCCAGGCCAGGUUUUGUAUAGGGGUCCUAUAUCCUUUAGUUUGCCUUAGCAUGAGUGACCACAGUUCAGCAGACCACACGUAUCAUUUAACCUGUUCCGGGUCAUUGGAAGUUUAAACUGAACAAAGUGCAAUUUAACCACAGAACAUGAGAGUACUACAGUUUUGUUUUUAUGAAGACUUGACUGAACAAAAGGGGACCGUCAAUGUUGUAGACACUGGAGGGCUCGGAGUACCAGUGUUUGUCUUCAGGACUCACCUGGUGCCUGCUGCUUCGAUAUUUUGCAAAAGAAUGUAGGGGGUAAUAAUUUUUAAUUUAAUUUGCUGUUUAAAAAUGCCCCUUCUUUCUUGGUGGCUGCAUUUCUUUUGUAGUUGUAUGUUGACACGUACUUGUGUGGUUUUUUUUGAGAUGGAGUGCAGUGGCAACCUCCCGGGUUCACAUGAUUCUUCUGCCUCAGCCUCCCACAUAGCUCAUGCCACGCUAAUUUUUUGUGGAUACGGGGUUUCACCCUGUUAGCCAGGAUGGUCUUGACCUCCUGCCUCAACC